AUUGCGACACGCGGUAAGCGGCGGUCUCGCGUAAGCGCUGUGAAUGAACUGUCGUCCGGAUUGCCUGUGCUCGGAUAACCUGGCGGACCUGGCGAUCUUCCUCUCGCGCUCGUAUGGCUGUGACCGCGAGAGAUUCUACGCUGGGUCUGACCAUUUUGUGGAAUGUAUACUGAAAUUACUUGGGAAAAAUGGUAAGCAAUUUACCACAAGAAUUCAAGAGAUAUCAGAGGAACAGGAAUCAGCUACGACAUAUACUUGAGGAAACACAACGUACGUUAGAAGUAAUAAAAUUUGAAAACUUUUUCCCUGGAGAGAAUAUUAUCGAGGAAUUGCUGCCACCGUUGACCUUGGACAGAGUGACACACAUCCUUGAUAAUUCCCCUGCAAUAGUUAUUUUUGGGCAAGACAAUAAAGCCAAAGCUUCACUGGUCAAUAAUUUGCUUUCUGCUGAUAUUUUACCACUAUCUAACGAUUCAUGGAGAUGGGUCAAGAUUACUUAUGGUCGUACAAAUCAUGUCAGUCUCACAUUAGGUUUAGAGUACGAAGUAGUCGAGACGUUAAAGGCAAACGAAAAGUCAUGGAGCACACUUCCUCUCGAAGAUCUGGAAAAGUCGAUGAACGAAGAUAUCAAUUGUCCUACAGUGCUCGAAGUGAAGUUAGAUCAAGCAAUCCUGAAAGAAGGUGUUCAAAUAUUUGUUGUCCCCAACAACGGUGUAGUAAAAAUUCUUGCUAAAGGUCUAUUGAAAAUUUUACCUAUUUUUCUUUAUGCUCUUGGAGAACAACCGUUGACUGAGGAAAAUUUGGAAGAAUUGAGAGAUUUGAAAGAGACUUAUCCUUAUAAUCCAAUUUUAUUCAUAUCGUCAUUAGCUAACGUUUUGCUGGAUGGCACAGAUGCAGAAUUGACUGAAUCUGAGCAGCAUAGCCUGCAAAGUCGGAUAGAAGUGUCGAGCAUGUCUAAGGAGUCGAAAAGUGAUGAUAGUAUUAAUAUUGACAAAAUGAAUUCACUCGGUCUAACGUGGCUAGAUCAGUUAAGCAGUUUAGGAUUCCUAGGAAUGGAAGAGUCUGUGGAAGUUCAUCAAUUAACGUGGCUUGUCGGCGAGCAAUACGUUAAUAAUUCAAGCGAUCUAGUGGAUUCAUGCAAAAAAACGGACCGCGUUUUGCAUUUUACGCGUGCCUGCUUGCAAAGCUAUUUGAUUAAUGCAAGUACUUAUUUGAAUGAAAUACACACGACCAGUCUACGUAAAUUUAUUUUAAGUGCAUUUGACAUGGCACGAAAAAUACAGAUCACUCCUAGAAGAAUACAAUACGCUCAACAAAAAGAAAACGAACUUUAUGAUAAUCUAAUGAAGGUUGUUAAUGAGCAGCAAAUGCAAUUGACUGAAUUAAUACAAUAUAUUAUUCAGGAGAUGAAAGACGAUAUAUUAGGAUCCACCGAUGAUAUUUUCCAGUAUCAGACUGCUCCAUCCAAUAAUAGUGAACGAGCAGAGUGGACGGUUACUGUUCGCGUCGCGACAUCGGAAGUUCAACGAUUCGUGUUAGGUCGCUUGGGCGAAAAAGUCGCAAAGGAGCUCGUAAAUUCGGUCAACUGUCUUCGGGAAACUUUUAUUGGGACUCUUCAACGUUGUUUAUUAAGUCUCGAAAAGACUUACGAACACGAUAGCAGCCUGCUAGCUAGCGAUGCCUUAAAGCAAAUACUCUCCGCGGCAUACAAUGUGGAAUUGCAUAAUUCGUCACCAUCUUUAGUGCAUUCAUUCUUGGAAAGAUUGAGACAGCUCUUCAGAUCUUUACCGCUGCCAUGGACCCCCACUCCGACUUUGAACGCGGCUUGGAGGAAGCAAAUUACUGUCGAUAUCUUGAAUUCUUUAUCAGCAGCAAGAUUGGCAAAGACAAUUUCCACGCAAUUCAAAGACAAACUAAAAUCAUCGCAUGACGCUUUCCAGACUGCUUUGAAAUCUUUAGAGAACUAUUAUUCAGGGAAGCUAGAAAGAACCGAGGAGCAAAGGAUAGCUAUACGAAAAUAUCACGCACCUAAGUUAGCUAAACUCGCAUUGGAGUCUACGUCGAUGAUGGAUGCGAUUCGCUUUGGCAUUCCUUAUUACGGCAAAGAGAUUGGCAGAGGACAGUAUGGUGUAGUAUUUGCUUGCGAUGGUUGGGGCGGAGCACCGGGUCCAUGCGCGGUAAAAUCCGUUAUUCCACCGGACGAGAGACAUUGGAACGAUCUCGCGAUGGAAGUUUAUUAUACCAGGUCAAUACCAGACCACAAAAGGAUAGUGAAACUUCGCGGAUCUGUUGUAGAUCAAUCGUACGGCGGAGGAUUCGGAUUGGGCACCGCAGUUCUCUUAAUCACUGAUCGGUUAAGUCGUGAUUUAUACUGUGGUAUACACGCUGGUCUUUCAUGGUUUGAACGUAUACAAAUAGCAAUAGAUGUGUUAGAAGGAAUACGCUAUCUUCACUCGCAAGGUCUGGUACAUCGUGAUAUCAAACUAAAGAAUGUCUUACUUGAUAUAGAAAACAGAGCUAAAUUAACCGAUCUCGGAUUUUGUAUUACCGAAGCUAUGAUGUCGGGCAGUAUCGUAGGAACGCCGAUCCACAUGGCACCGGAACUCCUGUCUGGUCAUUACGAUAGUAGUGUCGAUGUCUAUGCCUUUGGCAUCUUGUUUUGGUACAUAUGUGCUGGGAAGGUUCGAUUACCAUACGCAUUUGAACAAUUUCAUAAUAAGGAGCAAUUAUGGACAAACGUACGGAAAGGACUUAGGCCUGAAAGAUUGUCACAUUUUGACGAGGAAUGCUGGACGUUAAUGGAACAAUGUUGGUCUGCAGAACCGUCCAAACGACCAUUGCUCGGUGCUAUUCAACCUGUGUUAGAAUCUAUUCAGGAAAAAGCAGAAAGAGGCAAGUCCUUGCAACUAGACGCACUGAAACUACAAGAGAGUUCAUCAUCCAAACCAAUAAAUCCUGCAUUAGCAUUAGCAGAGCCUAAUAAUCAAAGAGAUUAUACAUUCUUCGCAACCAAGCCUGCAAAUUUGGGCGGAUAUUGAUAAUACAAUUGUUUCAAGAAAAUGUAACAAUGAAUUGUACAUAUUUCUUUUAUUACUGGAUAAGCAUGAAGAUAUGAAGAUUAUGUGCAGAAUGAUUUAUUAAUCAAAAAGCGAUAAAUGUAUAAAGUCUGUAUAUAUUUUUCUAAAGAAAGGAAGAAUAGCAAUCUCUU